AUGGAUAUUUAUAGUUUUAAGAAUAUUCAAAUUGUGACCACCUCAAAAGAAUUGGUGGACAUUGUUUCACUAAAGAUUCAAAAUAAUUUUCAAACAGAUAAGCAAAAUUCAAUUAGUCAUAUUCGUUCCACAUAUAUGAAAAAAGUUAAAUGCGCAUCACAGUUCUAUAAUGAAAAAUUAAAUCAAAUUGUUAUUGAUUUUCCAUUUUUAGAAAAUAUUCAUCCAUUUUAUAAAGAUAUUUUAAAUAAAGAAUGUGAUUUAAAUAAAUAUAAAAUAGAAUUGGAUCAAAUUAGUAUUGUUAUAAAUUCAAUUAUUAAAAUAAAAAAUAAAUAUUUAAAAUUAUUGAAAUAUAGUAAUUCAUUAAACCAAUUUAAACAAUUGGAAAUAAUUUCAAUAAAUAGAAUUAAUAAAUUAAUUUUAAAUUAUGAAUCAUCUUUAAAAUAUUUAGAACAAUUUAGAAAACAUUUAUUAAAUUUACCAUCAAUUAAUGCAAAUACACCAACGCUAUUAAUAAUUGGGUAUCCAUUAGUUGGUAAAUCAACAUUAACGAAUAUUCUAACAAUUGCAAAUGUUAAUGUUGAAACAUUAACUUCAAAUUUAUUAUUCGUUGGUAAUACAAAUUUUCAAAAUAAUAAUAAUAAUAAUAGUAUUUUACAAGUUAUAGAUACUCAAAGUAUAUUUGAUCAUCCAUUAGUAGAUGAAAUUGAAAUCAAGUCUAUUAAUGCAUUAACUCAUUUAAAUUGUUGUAUUUUAUUUUUAAUUGAUAUUUCUGAACAAUGUGGUUAUUCAAUUAAAAAACAAGUUGAUUUAUUUUUAAAUGUUCAAUUAUUAUUUUCUGACAAACCAUCAUUGAUUUUAUUAAAUAAAAUUGAUAUAAAAAAUCCCAACCAUUUACCUGAAAAUGAUUGGAAAUUAUUAAAAAAUUUGGAAAAACCAAUAAAUAGUAGUUUUGGUGGUAUACAAUUAAUACCAAUGUCAAAUUUAAUAAGUGAUAGUAUUUUAAAAGUUAAAGAGAAAGCAUAUAACACUUUAAAUGGGAUUUAA